GAUCAGCGAGGCUGGCAUUCACAUUGCCAAUUUUGAUUUGGCAGUGGACGCUCAGGUGAACGGCUUGAUUGAAUUCUUGCAGCAGGAGGAGGACAACCUGGCCUGGAUUCACUUCGCCCCGGCUUGCGGAACGGCGUCUUUUGCGGUCCAUCUGCCCGCAGAAGUGGUACGAGUGCUGGAAGAGAACGUUUCAGACGAGGACUUUGCUCUGGCCAAGAAAAGGGUGGCCUACCUUUGCAGGCCGCAAUAUAGCGUGGACACUUUGCGAGUUUUGGCCAAAGGUCUGAAUGCGAGCAUUCUGGCCCAGCUGGAAAAUGCGGAUGAUCGGGAUGCGACCAAUCAGCAAGCAUGGCGUCAGACUCUCGAGGAGAUUGAGAAAGGCUAUGUUUGGUUGGACGACGACGCUGACCCCUUCAAACAUGCGCUGGCGAAACGUUUCGGCUUGAACCAGAAGAAUAAGGUGAGGGUCAUAGAUGACUGCACGGUGGGCGGCUUGAACAAGACCAUCGGGGUGGUUGAAAAGUAUCGCACACAUGCUAUGGAUGAGAUUUCAGCCUAUCUCGCGUGGAUGCUUACCCGCUGUCGAGCCCGCUGUCAG